ACUCUUUCCCAGUUUUGGGUUAUUAGGCAAGGGGAAUCUCACUAGUUUGAUCAAUCUGUUCCUCCUCUGAAAUCCCCUCCUUAAAAAGUGGAAAGAAAGAGAACCCACCAACCGUGUGAAUCAAAGAUUUAAAGCAAACUUAGUCAACAAUUUCAUGCUAUUAUAAUAUAGCUCCCUCCUCCUUUCUCUAAGUACUUGGUUGUUCAAGGUUUUUGCACUGGUUUAUAGCUAAAAGGUUUUAUUAUAGGUUCUUGUGGGAGGUGGUUCAGAUAUCAAAGGUUCAACUCAGAACCAAAAGCUUGUUCAUAAAGGUAAAGAAGCAGAAUUGCAAGCAAGAUGUGGCAAAGAAGCCACAAGUCUUCAGAGGAGAGGAAACUUGAGCUUAGACUUGGUCCACCUGGUGAAGAGUCUCUCAUUGAAAACAUUAAAAGAGAAAGAGAUGAAUCACCACUCCCUCUUGGUUACUUCUCAACUCAGAAAAUAUCUACUUCUGAUUCCACAUGCUACCACCGGCAUAAUCAAUACCAUGCUAAAGCUAAAGCUUCAUCAGUUCUUCAGCUCCCUUCAAGCCCACAGAAAAGAAAUGCUCCUGUUCCAGUAGUGGGUUGGCCUCCAAUUCGUUCUUUCAGGAAGAACCUUGCAAGUGGAAGCUCUUCUAAGCAGUCUUCUGAGUCCCACCAACAACAUCAGCAUGUUGUUCCAGACAAGGUUGCUGCUGGUAAAAAACCUAUUGACAACUCAGGUAAAAGCAUGUUUGUGAAGAUCAAUAUGGAUGGAGUUCCCAUUGGGAGAAAAGUGGACAUCAAUGCUUACGAUAGCUAUGAAAAACUUUCCUCAGCUAUUGACGAGCUCUUUAGAGGCCUCCUUGCAGAGAUAAAUUUAUGUCACAAUGUCUUCCCCCUCGGAUGUUCUACUCAAAGUGAUUCCUCUGCUGUUGGAAAUCACAAGAAGCAAGAGGGAGAGAAAGCAAUUAAGGGUUUAUUGGUUGGAAGUGGGGAAUAUACUCUUGUUUAUGAAGAUAAUGAAGGAGACAAGAUGCUUGUUGGGGAUGUGCCAUGGCACAUGUUCGCAUCAACAGUGAAGAGGCUGCGUGUGUUGAAGAGUUCUGAUCUUCCUGCUUUUACCCUUGGUAGCAAGCAAAACAAGACACCCCACUUGACCCGGCAAUGAGAAAUGAAGGAUUAGGCUGUUUUUGCUUUACAUUUUGGUUCCUUUGUUUGAUAAAGAGAUCAGGGAAUGAAAUGUUCAAUUUCUAAGUUCUGUGUAUGAGUUAUCUUGUUUUUGAUUUAAUUGUUUAUGUAUUGUAAAAAUAGUACAAGGAAGACUCUACGGAUGUGUGCAUCUAUGAUUUACUGUUUAGCAGCCAUUAACUUGUAAUGGCUUGUAUUACGAGUCCCUUUUGUAGCUUUGAUCAUAGGGUUGUUCUUUAUCAAAGUCAUUUUCUUAUGGUCAUGGUAAAGUGCGCCCAUGAUUGGAUUUUACCCAUUUCACCGUUA